GCACUCUGAUUGGCUGAGCUCCUGACCGCUUCCCGUCGAGCAUUGGAUACCGAUGUGUUGGCCACGUCCCCGAGCCACGUCGCGCUUUGCUCGCCAUUUUCCCGUCUUCUGAAGCUAGAAUCAUCCUCUUUUAGUGUCACAGUGUCACUGACACACUGUCAGGACACCUAUUAAACCUAAGAGGGGACGAAUUGAGCUCUCUGUAGAGUCUUUGACCGGCUAACUUCUGCUGAAGUUCCGUUUCAAAAUGAAUAUCUUCAGGCUAACCGGCGAUCUCUCUCACCUAGCAGCCAUCAUCAUCCUGCUGCUCAAAAUAUGGAAAACCAGGUCAUGUGCCGGUAAGUGGACGGAGACGCUUAACCCACACUCAGAGUUAAACUUUUAAUGUAAAAAAAAUCAUGUUCACAUGUAGUUAGAGGCAUUUUUUGUGACAGACUUCCCCUGCAGUUGGAGCUGGGAAGCUAGUUUCGGCUAGUGUGGCUAACGUGGCUCUUACCAAGGCUGUACACAGUCUAUGUUUCUGGCAGACACUUUUAAGAAAUAAUCACAUUGAUAAAAGCUCCUGUUUGCAAGAAAUACUGAAAUGGCAGCCUGUCGUGACUGUCAGCAUUAUAGCAUAGCGCUUAGUGCAUAACAGAGGCUAGUUAGAAGGAGACCAGAGGGCCCCAUUAGAGAUAGUUUGGCAUGCUGGGCCUCUGUCAUCUCAAUGAUAUAGUAGUAAACUGUGUUAGCUCUCCUUUUACUCCUUCACAUCAGCUGUGUGUGACCCCUCUGACGUGGCAGCAGGGAGUACUCACAGGUUGACAGCUGGAGGUGCAUUGACUGGAUAGAAGAAGAGGAAGAAGAAAAGGAAGUUUGUAUUAUCAGGAUCAAAAACUCAGUUGUGCUCUCCUGGUUCAAAGAUCACAGCUGUAUCACCUCAAGACAAGCAGCAGCCUUCAGAUAUGUCUGCAUGAGAUUAAAGCAGACACAUCUACAUGCAGAUCAAAUGCAUGUUGGAGUUACACCCAGACACAGCUGUAUGUUUGCUGUGUUUGGAUGGACAGUCACUAAAUAACCUCAUUGACAUCUUGUAUUAUCACUGCUUGGAUAAUACAUUAUCUUAAAAUGCAGCAGAGUCAGCAUGGCUUUCAUUGUCUGUGCAUCUAAAGGUGCAAACACACAGUGUCCUAAACUGUGAUCUUUGACCUCUGACCAUAAACACUACCGAGCACUCUUCGUCUCAGAAUGUGUAAUGCAUCUGUAAAUCAGGAGACACGUGGCUGAACAGCAGAAAAGAAUAGAAAUGUAGUAUUUUUUAGCCAAUAAGCACCACUUUGUAACUGUUUAACACACUUAUUGACAGUAAGACUUGGAACGAAGUUAUCACACAUCACUGUGGUGUGGUACAAGUGUGGUACAAGUAUGCAAGAGAUGCUGGUUAACUCUUCAUUGUAAAUGUAUCCAAUAUAUAUUUAGUACUCCCUCUAUUUAUGGCUUAACUUCCUGUUCUUUUUCAUUCGCCAGUAAAAAUCACAGAAUUAUAAAAAAUAUUCCUGUGUCAGUUUUUCCCAAAAUUGUGCUGCCCUACUUUUAAUAUUUACCUAAUGCACAGUUUGCACACAAAAGCACACACAGACUGCACAUUGCACUUUGAUACUUUAACAUUUUUAGGUUUUUAUAUGUAUUUUUUGGAUUCUUACGACAAGAAUGCUCCUUUUUGAGAGUUUAACAGUGAGUGUUUUUGCAGAACAGUCAUUGCGUUUCACUGCCCACCUGUGAGAGCAUGUGACAGAAACAGUUCUCAUAUUCAGCUGAUCAUGAAUGCAGGGAACACGUUGGCAGGUUCAGAUUUGUCCUGCUAUUAAACAGGGUGGUUUAAAAUGAAGGGAUGUCAGUUCAGGUUAAAUUGGAUUGUUCCUGCAGAAAUACUGAGGGACUAUUUGGAGAGAUGUGACAAAAUAAAAGGAAAAAUCUGCUGCGUCACCAACCUGGCUGCAAUGUCCAUAAAAAUAAAACAUCUAAAAGUGGAUUAUCAUCAAGCUCAAAGUAUCUUUCAAAAAUGGUUUGCAGCCUUACACCUGUCUUUUGACAGCUUCUAGCUUGUUUGCUGCAACCUUGGACUAUUCACCUGUGGGUUUUUCUCCGCAGGACAAAGAUCUGGGCUUGAUAAAGAUAAAGAAAACACUUUUUUCAUAAGAUGUAAAUGCGAAGAUCUGAUCAGAUCACUUGACAACUUUGUGACUCAUUCAUAUUCAGAGUAAAGGUGAAAUCAAGUUGUAUUUCUGGCUGCUGGAAAUGUAAUGAUUACUGAUUUUGCCCCUCUAGUAGUCUCACACUGGGUGUGUCUGAAGGAACGUGUUGUCACUUGCCAGCACACAAGAUAAACAAAGAGACGUCAUACUUAACAUGCAGCUAAGGAUGACGAUGUACACCGGCAGCUGGAGGACUGCAAAUUUGAAUAUUGCAAAUUGUAGGAUUUGGUUAUAUUUUUCCCAGGCUGAGCUGUAGCUGUAACCUGGAAACAUCAAGAGGUUGAACCAAAAUUGUCUCUAAUCCAGAGUUCGUUCCAUGAGUGAUGUGUUGUAUUUGUAACCUGUCUUUGUUGUCCUCUUGUGUCUCCUCGCAGGUAUUUCCGGUAAGAGUCAGGUCCUGUUCGCCUUAGUGUUCACCACUCGCUACCUGGACCUGCUCACCUCCUUCAUCUCCCUCUACAACACCAGCAUGAAGGUGAGACAUGCUGCUUCUAACACUCACAUCCUGCAGCUCUAUUAGCGCACAGUGCUACUCACUACAAUACUGAGCAGACACACCUAUGUUUGCUAAAGGAAGCUGAUAUAACGGACUUGAAUCUAUUGUUACACAUGAUGUGUAUCAUCACAGACCAGAACAUGUAGUGAAUAUUAAUCGUUGUGGGUGAUCUCAUGUCUUUGUUUCAGAUCAUCUACAUCGGAUGUGCGUACGCCACUGUGUACCUGAUCUACCUGAAGUUCAAGGCCACUUACGAUGGGAACCACGACACAUUCAGAGUGGAGUUCCUGGUCGUACCCGUUGGUGGUCUGGCUUUCCUGGUUAACCACGACUUCUCUCCUCUGGAGGUUAGACACGCCAUAGAAACACAUAUUGAGCCUGAUCCAUCAGCUGUUCUUAAAACCUCAACUUUGCACAGUUUAAAGUUUUCUUAUCCGGGAUUGAUUCAUAACUUUGAACAAACUCCAGGAGAACUCACACACAUCCUUCAGUGUUCAUUUAGCAUUUAAAGCCAAUCAUAAGCCAAUCAUAUUUUUUAUUCUAAAACAACAAAAUAUUCAAGUAUGAGUAGAGAUGAGUAAAACAAAUGAUUCAUCAGUGCGCUGCAAUAUAUUUUUCCUAUCUCAGUAUCAGUUCAGACAAUCCUGGAAUUCCACAAAAGCUAGCUGUCGACCAAAUAGCUGGCCUCUAGUAACACUCACCUCUGCUCACAUGAAUACAAGCAUGAGAGGUUAUCAAAGGCAAAUUAUUUGCCAAUCAAACUUAAGUUUUGUCAGCAUUCUUUCAUAAUGCUAAUGUCGAUGUCAGCUUUAUUUAUGAAGCACAUUUAAAAACAGCCAGUAGCCUACCAAAGUGCUGAUAAUAAAAUAGCCAGAGACAGUAAAAACAAUAAAAACAAUAAAAGCUAAAAACAUAUAAAAAACAUUAAACAACAAUAUAGGUAAACAUGGCAAAUAAAUUAAAUACCCAAUAAAAGUAGCUAUACUUCCCCAAAAUCUAAAGUGAACAGGUGCGUGUUCAGAUGUGUUUUAAAAGUGGAAAGGCUGUUAGCAGUGCGCACUGUCAGAGGUAAAGCGUUCCACAAAGUGGGAGCCAAGACAGAAAAUGCUCGAUCUCCUCUAGAUUUUAAAAAGGAUCGAGGAACGUCUAAAACCAUCCCAAACUUUUCGGAGAUGAGGUAAAACUUGAAAAAUAAAGUCCAUCUUUAAUCUAGGAUUUUCAUUUGUAAUGUUUAUCUGAGUCUGUCAGGGACAAAAACAGCAACUUUUGUUGACGUACUUUGACCCAGCAAAUUUACUCCAAAGAUUUUGUUGCUGAUUGUUACAGCCCGAUUUCCCACUGCUGGCUGGAGAGAUCUGCUAGAGCAGUUUUAAAACGUUUGAGCCCUUUACUCAGACUCCAGAAUAUACAAAUAUCUCGGAAAACAGUUAUGUAUGUUGAAUUUGAUAGUAUAUUGAACACAGCAUUUUGAUCAGGGACUAUUUCUUCUAAGGAGGGUCAGAAUAUAAUCCUUUCGGUUUUAUUCUGGUCAGUUAGCGGGAGACUGUAAUGUCACUCAAGAUUUACUGAAACUUUUUUUUUUUACAUCCCUCUGAAAUGAAAGGAAAUUUCUAGAAGAGGUCGUGCCUUGCCAGUGUGUAAAUACAGCAGAUUAAUUUACAGGGAAGAAUCAAGUGGGCUCAUUUCGAUUGUGCAAUUAGGGACACACACAAAACUGGGUCAAUCCGCUGGGCAGCGGUGCUGGCAGGGCUGACACUCGAUGUGAAAAGCAUUAGUGAGGAGCUUCUUUACAUGCCCUGUAGUAGUGCUGGACGAUAAUUCGAUAACAAUAUAUAUCGAUCGAUAGACGUGUGGUGCGAUAGAAAAAAAACGGGUCGAUAAAAAAUUCGAUAGAAAAACACAGUUUCCCUUUCUUUUUCAUCAUAGCCUAUCAUGUAGCUUUUACUACAGUCAUUACUUCCUCCCAACCAAUCACAAACGCAGACCCAGGUACGCUACGGCACCAAGCCCAGCCCCUCUCAAACCACAACAGACAGCACGUGUAUUAGAAAAAAUGAUACAGCACGGAGAAGCGGAGGAAAUUGUCCCGAAAAAAGGUUUCAGUAGUUCACCAGCAUGACAAUGUUUUGGUUUUUAGAAGUCUGACAAAAAGCGAACAGCGGUCGUUUGCAAAAUUUGCAGAGAAUUAGUAAAAACCAAGUCUGGUAACACAACCGACUUGUUUUACCAUCUAAACCGAUCGCACCCGCAGGAGUACGAGCUGUGUCGGCCGCGCCGCGGCUCCACAUCGUCGUCGGAGGAGGAAUCCUCUGGAACCGCUGCCAGCACCAGCACAAAGCAUGGGAAGCAGACCAAACUGGACUUCGUUUCUUGUCAAAAUACGACAAAGCGUCCGAGCGGCAUAAGGACAUCACCCAUGCAGUAACAUGCUUCAUAGCGAGGGACAUACUGCCAAUAACUACCGUUGAAGAGCCUGGCUUCGACCAGCUUCUAGCCACUCUCGACCCGCGAUAUGAAGUGCCCGGCCGCAAGUAUUUCUCAAACACAGCGCUUCAGGCAUGAAAAUGGGUCAGGGGUUGAAAAGGUGAGAAGGGUGCGGAGGAAAUACGUUCCGGUGUAGCUUCUUAAAGUGGAAGAAAAUGAGCUCAUAUUUUACAAAGACGCGAGUAUUUGGAUCAUGGCUACUAGCAGGGGGUGCAUUCGGCAGGGGUGCAUUCUAAGACACAACACCGGCUUGGAUAAGUCCUGCUUCUCGUGCUUAGUUUGUGUAUUAAGUUAAUCACAUGAUAAUUAAAAAAAAUAAAUCUCCCGACCCCGGGAGAAAUAUUUCAGUGUUCAGACACCAGGCUGUGGGCAGUUUCCCACACAGUUAAAACUGGUAGUAUGCUAUUCCCACCUAAAGCUAUUCUGUUUAUUUAUAUAUUUGUUUGUUUUGUUUAUUUUCAUCAAAAGACUAUUUAAAUAUUUAUUUAUCAGAUUUUCUGGUCACUUUAGUCUUUAUGUUUGUCAGUAUUUACUGACGUCACUCAGGCCACUUAAGUUGAUUUCUUUUUUUUUUUCUUCUUUUUUAAAAAACUUUCAGUUGUGGUAAAAUAAAAAAGGUGGUUGAAUAAAGGUUUGAAUUUGAAUUCAGUGCUUGUGUGUUCUUUAUUAAAAGUAGGUCAUUAAGCAAUAGCAUAAAACAUCCAGGGCUGCAAUUAAAAUAUAUGUUAAAUAAUUAUAAUAAUUAUAUCGAUAAUUAUCGAUAUCGAUCAAUAUGAUUUAUUUUUUAUCAAUAUGCUUUUUUUCUAUAUCGUCCAGGCCUACCCUGUAGUUCAUGUUAGGCUACAAGUGAGAAGUGGAACCACUGAGGGACAGGAAAUGAACUUACAUGAAAAGCUGCACAAUAAUUAGCAAUUUCAUCACUAUUGCAAUAUUAACUUUUGCAAUAAAGACAUCUCAAGAGUCCACAUUUGUGGCAGUUAAAGAAAAAAUAAGUUAUGGAAAUAAUAAAUUCUUUCUUACUGAUUUCCAACUUUUUAAAAUUGGGAGUUGGGGUGUCCUGAAACUGAUUAGGAAUAUCUGGCUAAAGUAGCUAUGACUGAAGGCUUAUACACUCCGACAACUUAAAUCUGUCUGACUGGAUCGUUGAAAAAGUACCAGUUUUAGUUCAUUGUAGAAUCUAUAUUUCUAUACUGUAGUUACCUACCAGUUUAACACGUGUGUGCAUCCUUAAGCGUCAUGCAGUCAAACUUCCUGGAAGUGCCCUAACAGGAUUCUUAAGCACAAACUUAUCUCUCAGUCAGACAUGGUUAAAUAGUUCUGUAAAAAGUGUGCAAACGUCUUUUCAGCUCAGCAAAUUCGCAUCAAUGCUCCCCUCUUAUGACGUUGUCUUCUUCUCUCCUCAGAUUCUCUGGACGUUCUCCAUCUACCUGGAGUCGGUGGCCAUCCUGCCCCAGCUCUUCAUGAUCAGCAAGACAGGUGAGGCUGAGACCAUCACCACCCACUACCUGUUCUUCCUGGGACUCUACAGAGCGCUUUACCUCAUCAACUGGAUAUGGAGGUUCUACUUCGAGGGAUUCUUUGAUAUGAUCGCCAUCGUCGCCGGGGUGGUGCAGACCAUCCUUUACUGCGAUUUCUUCUAUUUGUAUGUAACAAAAGGUGAGUGAUGCUGCACUUUUGUUCCUGUUUUACUCUUUUUAAGGUGCUUUUAUACAUCACCUGUUGUGAUUUGGUGCAGCUCAUUUUGGCUUGUGUAAAAGCUGUCAAAUCAAAUCAUGGUGCAAUGCAGACCUAACAGCCAUGCUGAGAUUGCUUGAAAACGGGUGCUUUUUAUUUUUAGUUGGAGCAUAAACCAACCUAGAUUUGACAUAACUGCAGCAAGCAUUCUGAAUUUAACCAGCUACUGUAACCAGUCUCGCAUGUUAAAACCACAGCUAUACCUUAUCUCAAGAAAUAAUUGCAUAAGGGCCUUCUUUUUCCACUCUCAGCCUGUUUAUAUGAGAAAUAUUCAAAACACAAUGUAUUACCAGAAUUCUACACGUAGACUUGGCCUUGGCGUCACUCCCUGGUGUAAUAAAUGUCAGUUGAUUUAUUUAUUUUUGGAGAAACGAAGCGAUCUGAGAUCAAAACGCACGAUCUCUUCUUGUUCUUCUUGCUGUGACAGAAACACUCUGAGCUUUAGAGCUCUCUCAUUAUAAUCCUCCUGCAAACAGAGAUGUGUGCUCAUGAUGUCGCUUAUCACAGAGGUUUAGAUUGUUUCAAUACAUGAUUUAAUAAAGCUACUACAAGGAGACAUUUAUGAAAUAAACUGAAAUUCACAUCGGUGCUCUUUUAUGAUAUCAAAGGCAAACAUUUGUAAUGCCUGAAACUGAUUCAAGAGGGUGAGCAGCGAAAGAGACAGCCUUGUUUUACAUUCAAAUAAUCACAAUAAAUGGUACAUUUGACUGUCAAAGGCCAGCAGGAGAUUUUUCUGUCAGUAGAUUCUACUUAAGCAUAUAGAAGAUAAAUAGAAGAAGCUGCUUUGUCCAAAGGGGGCGCCAAAACUGACACAAACCAAGAGUUUAACCAAGUUAUCCCUUUCAAGUAAUUAUGCUGUCAUAAUAUCCAGUCAAUGGGCAGAAACCGAAUAGAUUAAUGUUAAGUUCUGUUUAAAACUGAAAAGUAAGGAGGGGCUUUUCAAACAUCACGUGAAUAUCGCAAUCAGAAAAUUUGUUCUGCAAAUUAUACCCCAAAGUAUACCCCAAUGACAAUUGCUUGGCAGUUUCCUAAUUGUUAAUUGAAGUAUGAUAUGACUUAGGCCAAAGUCACAAAGCUGCAUAUCCGUAUACUUAAAUAUGUAUUCAUAAAUCGCAAGAAGUUUCAAGCUAUUAAAGAGCAUUUUCAACACACAACACAUACUUAAGUCUGCUUGUAGAUCCAUUUUUGUUCAUUUUUGUGAACGCAGACCAAACUUCAAGUAAUUUUGUAACAAUGAACCAAGUGAUAAGGCCAGAUGUGAUGAAACCACAGUAGUGAAAAGGCCCGUAGUCACUGAGGUUCAAGUGAUGCUGCAUUUUACUGUCAACAGAGUGGUUGAUUGGUCUAUCUGAUUAUCUAGUUUGUAUGGUUUAAGUUUUUUUGAAUCAAAUUUACAGUGUCAAGAGUAUAAAAUCAAAUGUCCAGUUCUGUGUUAACUUCAUAUUUCAACACAGAAAGAAGACUGUUGCGCUGGUUAAUCAUAAUAGGAAGUUAGAGACUUUGUAUUAAACUGAAAGUCCAUCAUUACAUCCUUCUUCAGAGAACACGAGGAUACUCAUGCCAAAUUUGUGCUGCACAUUUUUUUAGGGAUUUUUUUUUAGCUUGUAAAUGACUUACUGGUACAAACAAAAUAUAUUUUUUUAUCUUUCUGCUGCAAACCAGGCUGUAAUGACUACAACAGUCCUCAGAGUAGUCAGUAACAUCCAGUUAAAGCUCUUCUGGGUCACUGUACUCUCGCUGCUCUGAUUGCCUCUAAUUUUCUCCUCCGGUUUUGUUUCAGUUCUUAAAGGGAAGAAGUUGAGUCUGCCAGCUUAAGUGCCAAAGAGGAGAGUUUAAGCAGACUCAUGGACGGGUAUCGGAGGGGAGGAGGAGCAGAAGUGGACACCUCUGAUGAUCCCCGCCCCAUCCUCCACCACCUCCUCUACGUCUUCCUCCUCCUCUUCCUCCUCUCCUCCCGUCAGAGUAAGAUGCCUGAGACAGAGAGCGAGCGGGAGCUGCUUCUGAUCCAGAACCAGUGGAACCAGAACCCCAGCAGAAGCUCAUCCACAGCCCUCGGAUUUCUGUUUGAUGCAUCUUGCCUUAACUUUUUUUAUUACUCUGUAAAAAGGAAGAAAAAAGUGAGAAAGUUUUCUACAGAAAAAAAGUGUACACAUUGGUGAAUGCGAGCUGAAGGUGUAAAAUUGCCUGUGAUUUGGCGUUGUAUGAUACUGAAGCGGACUUCUUGUGGUGGGCUGUUAUUGACUCGAGCGUUUGUAAAAGUAUUUGCAAUCGAAAUAAAUGUGCUUUGUUUUUCCUGUUAAAUCUGGGGGAGGAAUUUGUUGAAUCUUCACAACUUUGGAGGUCAAAUAAUUCAUGUUUUGCUUUUAUAUUUUUGACCAACAUGCAUUCCCAUGUAUAAAGAAAAAAAGAAUUUAAGUUUCCAUUAUAUUCCACGUAAAUGCCACAAUUUAGUAUUCCUAAUUUCAUAAAAAGAAUUUCAGGCUUAAGUUGAUGUUUUGUUGUCAUUGAAAUGCCUUCAGAAUUGACUGAUAUGAGAUUUUUCUACAUUAAUGAAAGUAAAUGCUUGAAAGAACCCUGGUCUCUGAAAACUGACUCUGUUAAUUAGCCAAAUUGGACAGAUCAAUUUGCUGGUAGGGACAAUUCACCACUGAGCAAGUUUUUAAAGAAGGCUAGCUCAAAUGUUUGAGAUGAUUCUUCUGUUAAUGUGCUGUUUGUGAUUUAUCACAACACAAAUGAAAGCCUAUAAUUUUUCUUUUAGGUGCCACUGUAUUUAUUUUUUAUUUUCCUCCUGGUUCAAUAAACACAGUCCGUUGAAUUGUCCA